AUGCCUCAAGAGGACGGUUUGCUUCUGCAGUUGGAUGUGGACUACGUGGACACCUGGAGGGCGAUGGAGCAGCUGGUGGAUGAAGGCCUGGUGAAAUCAGUGGGAGUUUCCAACUUCAACGUCUCCCAGCUGGAAAGGCUGCUAUCCGUGUGCAGGAUCAAACCUGCCACCAACCAGGUGGAGCUGCAUCCCUACCUGACCCAGCCCCAGCUGGUGGAGUACUGCAAGUCUAAGGGGAUUGUCCUCAUUGCAUACAGUCCCUUCUGCUGCCCAGCCCUGCCCUGCCCUUCAGGGGAGAACAGCCCUGUGCCCCUCCUGGAGAAUCCCAUGGUGAAUGAGAUCGCUCAGAAGCAUGGAAAAACCAGCGCUCAGGUUCUCGUCCGCUUCCACAUUCAGAGGGGCAUCGCCACCAUCCCGAAAAGCAUCACCCCGGCCCGCAUCGUGGAGAACGCGGAGGUAUACGUCUUUCACCUGACACGCAAAGAAAUCAAGACGCUGGAAGGACUAGACUACAACACACGAUUUAUUAAAUAG